CCGUUCGCUAUUUACGACGAGUGAUCGUGCGAGUCGAUGUCUGUUCACGAGUGAGUGUGCGUGUCCUAGAUGCUCAACUGACGUGGGGUACACGUGGCUUCCGCAACGGUACACUAUUAAUGUGAUUAAUAAUGAAUUAAUUAAUUGAUUAAUUAGUUAGCUCAUCACGAUGAUGCCAUCCAACUUAAGAGCCGCGAUUUCAGACAAGCGCAUCCUAGCGGCGGUGGGCCUCCUCCUGUGGGCGGGAGGCCUGCAAUGGCACAUGAUGUGGUUAAAGCGCCAGCAAGCUUUCAAGGAAAAAUUCGGCCAGGGUGCGACGGGAUCUGGAUCUGGAUCCGGAUCUGCAUCUGCUUCCAUAAGCACGUAACACGUGUCCUUCUUCUGGGUCUGAAAAGGAUCGGGAUCUGGAUGUCGAUCUGCUUUCAUAAGGAAAAGUGUGGACGGUCCCCUUCAAGUUGCCUUGUGCAGCAUGUCACGAUCAGGUGUUCACAGCAUGGCAGGGGUCCAUGACGUUGAUGACAGCUGUAACAGUUCAGUGCCGUAUAGACACAAGGAGUCGGAUGAGGAGUCGGAUGACGAGCAGCUAGCUGCUGGUGCUGCUGUGUAUGGGAUCCUUCCCCCUCCAGUGCAGACAGGUGACAGGGUGAGCAUUGUUGCACCCUCCGGCGCGGUAAACAAGAACAUACUUCAAUUUGGUUGCGAGAUCCUUAAGCAAUGGGGCCUUCAGCCGGUAGUUGAUGAUCGAGUGGGAGAGGAGUGGGCGUACUUGGCUGGACCGGACGAGCACCGAGCACAGGCCCUUGUUGAUGCCUUCAACGACCCCACGACAAAGGCAGUCAUUUGUGCGGGUGGAGGCUAUGGAUCGACGCGGAUUCUGUUGUUGCUGUCCCAGAGUGGCCUUCACGAGAAUGCUUUGCAGAAAAAACGCUUCUUUGGUUUCAGCGACAUUACUGCUCUUCACAGUUUUUGCAGACUGCUGCUGCCAGGGUACAUCUCCUUUCACUCACCAAUGAUCGCCUCCAGUUACUUUCGCAAGGGCACAGAUGAAAGCAGGCGUGCCCUCAAGUUGGCCCUGUUUCAGCGUCGGCUAUCUUCUGCCUGCCCAACUCUUCAGGGUUGCUGCUACACUCGGUUGCAGACGGGAAACGCCGCAGAGUCUGGCGGGAAGGUCCAGGGUGUUCUGGUGGGGGGUAACCUAUCCCUCAUUGCAGCACUUGUUGGAACGCCGUGGCAGGAGGAGCUCUCCGGGAAGAUUCUAUUCCUUGAAGAUGUUGAUGAAGCGUCGUAUAGAGUGGAUCGCAUGGUCAUGCAACUGGUGACGUCAACAGGAGGGAGACUGUUUCAAGAUCUGGCAGGGCUAGUGCUUGGACACUUCGGACCACCGAGAGAAGGUGGGCGAGGUCCGCCGGUUGAUUCCAUGUUCUGGUUUGAGAUGAUUGGUUUGCCGCCCUCGCUCCCGGUGCUACAUGAGAUUCCGGUCGGGCAUAUUCUGGACAACAGGGUGCUGCCACUUGGCGCUGUAGUCGAGAUGGAUCUUGAUAAGGCUCAACUGAAGGUGGUGGAACAGGUGGAGUUGUCGUGACGCGGCCACUUUGCGCUGUGUUCAGUAGCGCUAUCCGGUUGUUGUGGUCUGAGAUGACAUUCUCAUAAAAAAAACUGCUGAUCGUCAACGACGUCAAGAAACACAGGACGCAGUUUCUUCAGUUUGUGGUGUUGCGGAGAUCCCAGGCCAUCGUGCGUAGCCAUGGCAACGUUUGGUCUCUUUUGGUGAGCGAUGAACACAAUCAGCAAGAGCUUGAGCCCGCCGAGAAGAAAGUGUUCCCUUUCGUGUCCUUUUCUAUUUGGAUUGUUUUUUUUUUUUUUUUUUUGUGGGUGUGUGUGUGUGCUCAAUGAGCUGCUGAGGGAAACAGACAGUUCUGUUUGCAUUGUUGACUUGGGGCUGGCAAAUGCUUUCUCCCCAUCCCAGUCGAAGCUGCUCUCUCUCUCUCUCUCUCUCUCUCUCUCUCUCUCUCUCUCGCGCGCGCGCGCGCGCGUGCUCGCUCGCUCGAGCGCUCGUUUGUCUGUAGAUACUGCACCUAUUGGGGUUUGAGGAACUGUGUUGCAGUCUGGCAUUUAUUAUUGAGAGGCUUCUAUAUUAGGAGAGCACAAAUGUU